UGUCAGAACCAACAGAAUUGUGAUCUUUUCCUCAGAAUUCUGCUGCAAAUCAAUGGAGACGUCGCCGACAGAGAGAUCCCCAGAAGUGCUAAGGAAAUGGAAAGAAAUACUAUUAUUAAAGACCUCAUGAGAGAGACAUGUGUUCAAGAAUUGGCUGAUUUCUGGCUCAACGUUAUUAACACAUACCGCGAGUCGAGUCCAACGACUGUUUGUUUGUGUCUGGAAGUGAUCGGCGCUUAUGUGGCGUGGAUUGACAUCAAUCUGAUUACCAACGACUCAAUUAUGACUAAUUUAUUUAAUUUAUUCCCAAUCGACACAUUCCGGUGCUCUGUCACCGACUGUUUCAACGGUAUUCUACACAAAGGAAUGGACUCUUUAGCCAAAACCCAACUCAUCGAGCAGUUCAUG